AACUUUUCUCCCCAAUUCUAAUUCUCGCUUGCAAUUCUAGGGUUUUUUUCAACUUAGCUCGAACCCAGAAACAUGCAACUCACUCUUGAAUUUGGGUAAAAGUUUUCCAACUUUCUCACUAUCGGCUGACUGAUUCAUUUUUAGCUGGGCUAGUUAUAUAACAGUGAAGUGAACCUCUCUGGGUUGAUUAUAUAACAAAACAGUGAAGAAUGCGCUGCUCUGAAUCAGUAGGAUGCCCAUGGAGGUUUGAUUGAUUGUUCAGAUUAUCUAUGAUGUGGAAUUUUCAGUUUUCCUGCGUGUUGCUCAGGAAUUUUUCUCUAGCUGAUUUGGCUUUGACAGUGAUACGAGUCUUCGGCUUAUGGGAUUUUUCUUGCCUCUGCAGACUUACUUAAAUUUGUUGGAAUCAUAAUGUGUAUAUAUUUCGAUUGGCGCUUAUAUAAAACCAUUAUUGUUGCUUGCUUAUCACAAGCUGGUUUGAGAUUCAUCUGUGGGCUUGAUACUGUUGUAUGCACGAUCUCGUAUUUAAGUUCAUUGCUUCUCUGUUUUAUGUCCCCUUUUUUCUGUCUCUGUUCUACUGGUAGUGAUGUAGCUUGCUGCUACUGGAUCUAUUGCAGUGGGGGGCUGGAGCUUCUUUGUGAUUCGGUAAAAAUGCAUAAUGUGAAUGUGGAUCUUGAAAAUGGGUUGGAGCAGUUAACAAUGAAAGAUUUGCUUGCUUGGGCUCGUACCAAUUUGAUCAAGGAGAGGCCUGAGAUGUUCAUGAAAGGUGAUACCGUGAGACCUGGCGUUCUAGUUCUGGUGAAUGACUGUGAUUGGGAGCUCAGUGGGCAGCUUGAUACAACACUGCAAGAGAAGGACGUGGUGGUUUUCAUUUCAACCUUGCAUGGUGGCUAAUAGCUGGAGUUUCAGCAGCCAGCUUAUUCAGUCGGUAUCGCUAUUAUAUAGACAUACAAUGUGUAACAAUCUGCAAAUCCUGCACGUAAUUCUAGAAAUUACACAAUUCUCGCCAUCUCUGAAUAAGCAAAUGGAUAAGAAUUACUAUAGAGAUCAAAGUGCAGCAAAAAAAAAAGUUGUCAACCCAGUGUCGACCUGGAAGGUCGAACCAGGAAAAAUCUAACGCUUUGAUUGGUUGACUGAGCAUCCUGGUUGACAAACCAGUGGAGUUUACUCUAGAAUCUAGAGAGCAUGCUUUCUUUCUCUAUUUGGCAGCAAAGUCUGUGAUCACUCAUGGCUGGUGUGCGGGUCUGUCAUGUCGUUGCCAGUUUCAUCGAAAAACUUGCAAGGUUAAUUACUUUUAGAAUACAAAGUUCCAAGGAUCCCCAAUCAGCACAUUUGAUGGUGGUGGUUGGUUUUGAAUCA